UCGGAGUGAAACGUGCCAAGUGACGUGGGUCGGCAGGAGGCGUGGCUAACAGCAGAGACAUCAACAGAGAAUCAAUAGAAGGAAUCGUUCCGCGUCACGUUCGGUUCAUCCAGUUCGCACGUCGGCUCAGGAAGGGAAGCAGGGCAGACACGGAGCAUGAAGACUUUACCGUCACCCGAGACGCCGCCGGGACGCAAAUCCAGGAGGAAGGCGUCCAAACCCAUGAUGGAGAAACGCAGACGGGAGCGAAUCAACAGCAGCCUGGAAACCUUACGGUUACUGAUGCUGGAGAACACGCGAAACGAGAAGCUGAGGAACCCGAAGGUGGAGAAGGCUGAGAUCCUGGAGAGCGUCGUUGACUUCCUGAAGAAGGAGAAGGACUGCCGGGCCGAGAGCAAGGCGUUUCCCGAGGCCGCCGGCGGUGGCGGCGGCGGCGGCCCCCAUCACAGCUACCAUGAUGGCAUGAGGUCCUGCCUGCUGCGGGUCAGCCAGUUCAUCGCCUCCAAGAGCCUGGAGCUGGAGGAGGCCAACGCGCUGCAGGCCUCGCUGAAGCUCUCGGGGUCUCCGACAGCCGUUUCCUCCCUGGUCCCGCUCCGCGUGUCCCCGGCGGUUGCCCCCGGUGACGCUGCCGCCGCCGCCGUUCACUCCCCUCAGCACCUCGUCUUACAGGAGACGCUCUCCUUCGCCUCCUCCGCAGCAGUCCCCGACCCGGUCUGGAGACCCUGGCCUAAAUAACAGACACAUCCACAGAUUUGCACAGCAUGGACGCGUUUCCCUUUUUAUUAUUAUUAUUUUUAAACGUUCCUAUAUAAAUCCGGGACGCACCGAUCCACUUUUUGUCACUUCCGAUACCGAAACCUGAGGCUUAGUGUCGGCCGAUACCGAUCCAGCGCACAGAAGCAGAGCGGAAUUGACUUUAAGCAUUUGUUUUAAACAUUUAAAGUCACAAACGAUCGAUUAGAUUGAUUUUCAAUAUCCUGACCAAUGCAGAUACUAUCAGUGAAUUUCUAAUGUAAAUCUUUCAAGCUGUUGUUUUUUUCUACAUGUGUGUUCUUUUCUUGCACCGUGGCUCCUUCCCACCCUGCGUAGCACACCAGCUGGUGGUGUGUUGCUGCCUUGCUCUCACACACACACAUACACACACACACACACACACACAUCAGCAGAGUGUUUUGACGAUCGUCCUCGUUCAGCACAGUUUCCUGGCCCUUCCUCCUGAGUGGCCUCUUGACGGUCCCUGCAGCUGCACUUUGGGAGCGAAGGAGGAACAUUAACACAUACUCCAUCCAGAUUGGACAGCAGUUAUGAUGCCUAUUGACAUGUUGAUGGGAGAGCCGCCGUCUCUACAUGGUGUUCGGACGACUUUUUUCACAUGUAGAGUGGGAGAGGAUUGCUGUGAUUGGCGCAUGUUCAGAGAGCAGACCGCUUCGGCAGCGUCUAAUCCACAGCAGGGCGCGAACAACCAUGAGGUCACCUCACAGUGAAA